AUGGGACAUGCCCAUACAGACAACAUUACAUCAACAUACACAGAGAUCAAAGCGAAUGGACCAGAUAUCGUCAUCAAGAACAAGAAAAACAAGGAAUGCACCCUUAUAGACAUGGCAAUACCAUCAGAACGCAACACCUCUGUCAAGGUAACAGAAAAACUGUCAAAGUACAAGGACCUGGAGAUCGAGAUCAACAGAAUGAGGGGAAAAAGGACCAUAACAAUACCUGUGGUCAUUAGAGCUCUGGGACUUGUGAAGAAAGGAUUAGAGAAAUACACCGACAAAAUCCCUGGAAACACCAACAUCCAUGAAGUCCAGAAGAUAGUCCUCCUCGGAACUACACACAUACUACGGAGGAUGCUAUCAAUGAAGUAG